UACUGACGUCACGCCGGACGCCGCUGCCCUGACGCCCGCGGCUGCAUCCCCGCCGACGCCGCUGCAGCUGGGGUCGCCCCUGAGUGAGCGCGCCCCGGCCGCGGGCCAUUUCCCCUCAGAAGCCCCGGGUCCCGUAGCCCCUGUCCCCCCUGUUUCCCCUGUCCCUACUGUCCCGGCCCGGCGCUGCCCGGCGCGUCCGUGCCGCCGUCAUGGAUCUGAAUUUAAACCGAGCGGAUUAUCUGCAGGUGGGAGUGACCUCUCAGAAGACCAUGAAGCUACUUCCUGCCUCAAGACAUAGAGCGACACAAAAGGUGGUUCUUGGAGAUCAUGAUGGGGUAGUUACGUGCUUUGGCAUGAAGAAAGGAGAAGCGGUGGCAGUGUUCAAGACUUUACCGGGGCAGAAGAUUGCAAGACUGGAACUGGGAGGGGUUCUGAACACGCCCCAGGAGAAAAUUUUCGUUGCUGCGGGGUCUGAGAUUAGAGGCUUCACAAAGAGAGGAAAACAGUUCCUCUCUUUUGAAACAAACCUCACUGAAAGCAUUAAAGCUAUGUACGUAUCUGGCUCAGACCUCUUCCUCAGUGCAAGUUAUAUCUAUAACCACUAUUGUGACUGCAAAGACCAACAUUAUUACCUUUCUGGGGACAGAAUCAAUGACGUCAUCUGCCUUCCUGUGGAAAGGUUAUCUCGCGUUACACCGGUAUUGGCCUGCCAAGACAGAGUUCUCAGAGUUUUACAGGGAUCCGACGUUUUAUAUGAAGUUGAAGUUCCCGGCCCGCCGACUGCUUUAGCGUUGCACGGUGGGAUUGGCGGUGACUCUGGAGAAGACCUUUUGUUUGGAACAUCAGAUGGAAAACUCGGGAUUAUUCAGGUCACCACAGCCAAGCCGAUACACAAGUGGGAGAUUCGAAAUGAGAACAAGAGGGGAGGUGUUUUAUGCAUUGACAGCUUUGACAUCGUGGGUGACGGGGUUAAAGACUUACUGGUUGGGAGAGAUGAUGGCCUAGUGGAGGUUUACAGCUUCGAUCAUGCAAACGAGCCUGUGCUGCGAUUCGAUCAGACGUUGUCUGAAAGUGUCACGUCUAUCCAGGGCGGCUGUGUAGGUAAAGAUGGCUAUGAUGAAAUCGUGGUAUCCACAUACUCAGGCUGGGUUACAGGUCUGACCACAGAGCCCGUUCAUAAGGAAAGCGGCCCCGGAGAAGAACUGAGAAUUAAUCAGGAGAUGCAGAAUAAAAUUUCUACUUUACGGAGUGAGUUGGAACAGCUGCAGUAUAAGGUCCUACAGGAGAGAGAGAAAUAUCAGCAGGCUUCUCAGUCAAGCAAAGCAGUGUCCACAGUACCUUCCUUUAGUAUAAAUGACAAGUUUACGUUAAAUAAAGAUGAUGCCAGCUACAGCCUAAUCUUAGAGGUGCAGACGGCAAUAGAUAACGUCUUAAUACAGAGCGAUGUUCCAGUAGACUUACUUGACGUGGAUAAAAAUUCUGCUGUUGUCAGCUUUAGCAGCUGUGAUUCUGAGUCAAAUGACAACUUUCUUCUCGCCACUUACCGGUGCCAGGCAAAUACCACAAGGCUGGAGCUCAAGAUUCGCUCAAUUGAAGGCCAGUAUGGCACGCUUCAAGCAUAUGUGACUCCAAGAAUUCAACCCAAAACCUGCCAGGUCCGCCAGUACCUUAUCAAGCCCCUCUCGCUCCAUCAAAGAACUCACUGCAUUGAUCAUGACAGGCCCGUGAAUACGCUGACCUUGACUGGCCAGUUCAGCUUCGCUGAAGUGCACUCGUGGGUGGUGUUCUGCCUGCCCGAAGUCCCCGAGAAGCCGCCGGCAGGAGAGAGCGCGACCUUUUACUUCCAGAACACCUUCCUCGACACGCAGCUGGAAAGUCACUGCAGAAAAGGAGAAGGAGUUUUUAAAUCCGACAACAUUUCUACUAUAUCCAUCCUAAAAGAUGUACUCUCUAAAGAAGCUACAAAAAGGAAAAUUAACCUCAACAUAUCAUAUGAGAUAAAUGAAGUUUCAGUUAAACACACUUUAAAGCUAAUCCAUCCAAAGCUGGAGUACCAGUUGCUUUUGGCAAAGAAAGUGCAGUUAAUUGAUGCUUUAAAAGAAUUGCAGAUUCAUGAGGGAAAUACAAACUUUCUGAUACCAGAAUAUCGCUGUAUUCUAGAAGAGGCAGAUCACCUACAGGAAGAAUACAAAAAGCAGCCUGCACAUCUCGAAAGACUCUAUGGCAUGAUCACCGAUCUUUUCAUAGAUAAGUUCAAGUUCAAAGGCACCAAUGUAAAAACCAAAGUACCUCUUUUACUGGAGAUUCUGGACAGUUAUGACCAAAACGCACUGAUUGCUUUCUUUGAUGCCGCAUGAAAUGUAAACAAGGUAAAGUUCCCGAGAAGAUCUCUGCUUAAAUGAACAUGUUAAAGUUACAAGCUAACCUGUACAUACUUUCCUUUCAAAUACUUUAAAAUAUUAUCUAAAUAUAUUUGAGAUAUGACUUUUUUUUA